UUAACCUUGCUGGAAAACGCGGCUGGCAGCUGCCUCCCCGGCUUGUCCCUGGCAUGUGAGCCUGGCAGGAGGCUGCCUGCCUUUUACAGCCACGCCGGCCAGUAAUCUAUACAUUUCUUCGCCUAUAUACAUACACACGCGCCCUCGGAGCGCGCCUCUACGCUUACGGCAGACAUGAGACUCCAGCCGCUCCUUUGUAUCGUGUUUUUCCUCCUGGCGAGCCUCCUCCCUGCCGACGGGCAGAGGCCAGCCAACCUGGCCCUGCGCAGGAAGCUCCACCGGCACGGCUGCUCCCACCGGCGCUGCAUGCCGCUCCACUCCAGGGUGCCCUUCCCCUGAGCCCCCGCCGGAGCGUGGCGAGCAACUUAAUAAUGGGCUUUUCAGUGUUUUAAAGGAGCUACAAUUAAACCAAUAGAGAAAUUAAUCAGAAAUCCAGAUCGACAACAGCUGACCUGAUAGAGCCACUGCAGUCCUGUCUUCAUCAGUCAGUCCUGUCUGUCACAUUCUGCAAGACCUGGAAUGAAGGCCCCUGGCUCCCACCAUAGGAAGCAGGGGGAAGAAACGGAGGGUGGUGAUGUACAUGAAACUUACCUGGCUGAAACAUUCCCUGGCUGAAACAUUCCAUAAAAAUUCUUUGGCUCUCACAACGACUAGUGAAAGUUAAAGACCAAAUCAAACAUCAGGUACUUGAGAUGGAUUUGCAAUGGUAUUAAGAAGGACCUGUCCAAGGGAACUCUUAAUGGUCUGUAUGCUUCAGACAGAGAAAUUGGACAUGCUCUUGACUACUCAAUUCAGGCUCUGUGUAGGGCAGUAUUUAGGAUGAAAUAAUGUCAGACUCCAGCACAGAACUGUGAAAGUCCAUUUUGUGUUUAUACUUUUAUAUAUUAAUAAUAUAUACAUAUAUGUUUUAACAUCUAACAUUACUUUUUUAUGGAAUUAUAUUAACAACAUAGAAUAUAUUACUGUAAUAGUAUCCAAGUCAGCACCACACUAGUGAUCCUACUGGCUUCAUGUAUAGUAAGUAUAGUAAGAGUUUACGAUAUAAGAAAGCAAAGAGAGUAGUAUCCUUCAUUCUACAGAUAGAGAGUUGAAGCACACAGAGAUAAGAGAUUAGCCAAGGGUCAUGCGAAACUGAUAACUCGGAUCUCUCAAGUCAGACCUUAAGGUCAAGCCCAUCCUUCUGUCUAAUGAGCUGUUACUUCGAAGCCUAUCAUUUGUUUUCUUAAACUGGGCUGCCAAACCAGACAGCUAAAACAUACUUGAAAAUUCAGUACUAUAGAACUAUUUGCUUAAUAGUAGUUUUCUUAAAAUACCCGCUAUAGUAUUAUAAAUAGAGCAUAAAAAUAGACCAUUGAAAAGAAGCCUUUGUUUUGUCAAUCUCAGUGUUGCUUAGUACUCUAUUCCUGUAGUUUAAAUGAAUGGGAUAUUUAGGACACAGCACUACAAUGAAUGAGAACUUCAAAGAGAAAACAGGCUGUUCUUUUCAGCACUGGAGGUCAAGAAUACAUUGAGCUUUUAUUUCACAUUUAGUUUUUAAAAAUAUAUGUUUUACAUCUCCUUUUUAUGUCAGCAGAAAUUACUUACCUACAUAUAAAGGAAAAUACAGUAGCUCUUCCAUUAGCAGAACUAAAACAAACCUGAAAAUAAGUCAUACCCAGAUUUUUAAUUCAUUGCACUAGUCUUGAAAUGUUAACAUUUUUUAUAAAUUGUACAAAAAUGAGUGAAGAUCAGUGGUGUUGUGGUUUCAAUCCAGCAUUAGAAUUUUGUCUUGCAACACAUAGUUUCUAAUAAGUUAAAGAAAGCAGCAAUCAAGAAAACUGGAUAGCUGAAACUUUCCAAUCAGCAUCUAUAUGUAACCUCAUCUCUAAGAACCUGAAACCUUAAUCACAUUCAUACCGGCAGAACUUAACAGGAAUUUCAGAUUUCUCCGUAUAGAAAAAUUAAAUUUAUCACCACACCGUAUUCUGGAAUUUUAGAAAAUCAUCAUAAAAAGAUGGUUAAAUUUGUCUAUACCAACAAACAUCCCUGCAGGUAAACCUUCAGAGUUCUGAAAAAAAGAAAGCAGUUUUCCAAAAUUAGAGGCAUACUACCACUAAUGUUAUUUUUUAAUUAUUUAUUUAACUUAGCUUUCUUACGUAUCCAUGGCUACGUGUUUAGAAGUACAGGUAAACAGUAUGGGAAAGCAACAAAGGUGAAGAGUAGCUAUUUAACAGUUAUGUCUUAAGAGUAUAUGGAUUUAGUGUGGCACUGGAUAGUUUGUAUAACCAUAAUUUUUCCGUUAACUUUGAUAAAAUUUUAAGAAAAACAUAGUGUUAUCUAUCAGAGAGCUCUAUAUGCACAUUCCUUCACAGAUGUAAAAAUAAACAAAAGAACAAAUACCAAAGUGCCCCAGGAAGCACAUUGUCAGUCUACAAAAUUAUUGUAAAUGUCUGUUCUUUUUAGACCUGAUACCAUAAAAUCUUCUUUGAAAAAGGCAUUGAUUGUGGUCUUUGAUAGAUAUGUUUAUAAAUUAGCCUAUUGAUUGUAUAUUUUGUAGAAAGAUAGAACACACUUCAAAUAAUAUUCUGUUUUAAAUAAACUUUGUACACUUUUCAGAAUUAUAUUCUUCAGCUGUCAAGGGCAAUGCAUCUAAAGAAAAUGUAGAAUUUGUCUGGUUUCCCUGUGGAUUCAUAUGGAAUCCACGUGUAAUAAAAUGUCUUACCAAUUUCCAACACAAAUAGUAGUUAUUCAUGGAAACAUUUUCCUGACAUUUUCCGUCUUUAUAAAAGCACAAAAUUCUGAUAAAAGUCAUAGAAAAAGACCUUCCUUUAAAACUACUAGGUGUA